AUGGCAAGUAGUAAGGUGGAAUCUGUAAAUUUUAACGGAGUUCAGUAUCAAUGGACUCAAACCCUACGCGAGGUUGAUAUUACGAUAGAUGUUCCAAACAACACUCGAGGAAAAUGGCUUAAAGUUUGUAUAAAGCCAAACUACAUUGAAGCUGUUCUUCAACAUCCUGAACCAAAAACUCUGUUAAGUGGAAGUUUAUACAAAAAUAUAAUUGUUGACGAAAGUACUUGGACGGUCGAGGAACAAUGCAAACUUGUUAUUCAUCUUGAAAAAUCAAAUAAGAUGGAAUGGUGGUCAUCUGUUAUAAAAGGACAUCCAGAAAUUGAUAUAUCUACAAUUGAGCCCGACAAUAGUAACUUGACGGACCUCGAUCCAGAUAUGCGUGCUACCGUGGAGAAAUUGAUGACUGAACAAAGACAGAAACAGCAGCGUGAGCAUUCAGCAAACCAGCAGAAGAAAAAGGUUUUGCAGGACUUUAUAGAACAACAUCCAGAAUUGGAUUUCUCAAAAGUAAAGAAUUUGUAACGAUUAAAUAUAAUAGAACUACUACUUAUAGCAGAAAGUGAUCGCAACUCAACAGUAGGAACACACAGGAUAUGACCGGCAAGAACUCUGUUCGUACAAGUCUCGAACAACGAGAGAGACGUGGUUAAGAGUCAUCCCUAACGAAGAUGUGCCGUCGACUCCUAUCCGCUAGCGGUAAUUACUAUCCUAUAUUUUUCCAUAGUGAAGAUGAUUGAUGCAUAAAAACUCUUCGAACCACUCAUGCGUGUGAAAGACAUGACUACAUAAACAAGGAACACAUAAACUUCAAGAGCAGAGGAAAUUAGUACGAAAGUUAUGCAGGACGAAACGGGUUAUUAGAGUUUCUCCAGUUCGCCUGACUAAACUGCUGAGAGGUUCUGCGAAGAGCAAACGGGUUGCUGGACUUUCUCGUCGUCGGUGGGGUUUGGAUCAGGUUCGGAGUCGACCGUCUAUUAUAGGCAUUGUUGUUAACGUUCGUUUGGAAUGACAUUGGUGAAUAGCCAGG